AUUCUCCACACCUAGGGUUUUAGGGAAGAACCCUAGUUCUUCUUCUUCCUCCCGGCGAUGAUCCUGUGCGUGGCGAUUGUGGGGCAGCAGAACAAUCCGCUCUACCUCCAAAGCUUCGCGGGAGGAGACGAUGUGCUCAAAUUCCACUACAUUGUCCACUGCUCGCUGGACGUCUUCGAUGAAAAAGCGAGUAUUUUGCGAAGAACUGGCACGAAUCUCAAUGACAAUUUCUUGGGACUCUUGUAUCCAGCCGAGGACUACAAAGUCUAUGGCUACAUGACCAACACAAGAGUGAAAUUCGUGCUUGUUACCUCGGAUUUGGAGCUCAAAGAUCUCGACAUCAAGACUUUUUUCCAGCGAUUUCACGCUGCGUACAUUGACGUAACUUCAAAUCCAUUCCACGUUCCAGGCAAGAGAAUUGCGUCGCCAAUGUUUCGCGAUCGAGUGAAAACUAUUGUGAGCUCGUUUGGACAAUUGUAAUUCCAAGAUGACCUAGAAUGGACGGCUGAGAUUUGAAGUUC